AGAGAGGAGAGCGACGAGGGGGGCGGAGGACGGGAGAGGAGCAGGGAGAGCGCCGGAGGAAGGGCACGGGAGAGACCUCGCUGUGGGGGACCCCCCCCCCAGACGCCGACCAUGCGAGUGCACGUGGCGGUGCGAGCGCGCGCCUAGAGCCGGCAAGCGAGGAGGCACACAGGGCGGCAUGGAGCAGUGCGGCGGCGGCGGCGGCGACAUCCGGCUGCAGUACGAGCCCAUUGCGGAGAUCGGCGUGGGGGCUUACGGCACGGUGUACAAGGCGCGCGACCUGCAGAAUGAAGGCCGCUUUGUGGCCCUCAAGAAGGUGCGCGUACAGACGGGUGAGGAGGGCAUGCCGCUCUCCACCAUCCGUGAGGUGGCCCUGCUGCGACAGCUGGAGACCUUCGAGCACCCCAACGUCGUCAGGCUGUUUGACGUCUGCGCCACGUCCCGCACUGACCGCGAGACGAGGCUCACGCUCGUCUUCGAGCACGUGGACCAGGACCUGUCCACCUACCUGGAGAAGGCGCCCGCGCCCGGCCUCCCCGCCGACAAGAUAAAGGAUAUGAUGCACCAGCUGCUGAGCGGGCUGGACUUCCUGCACACUCACCGCGUGGUGCACCGCGACCUCAAGCCCCAGAACAUCCUCGUGACGAGCGACGGGCAGGUCAAGCUCGCCGACUUUGGCCUCGCGCGCAUCUACAGCUUCCAGAUGGCUCUUACCUCGGUGGUGGUAACGCUGUGGUACCGCGCCCCGGAGGUCCUGCUGCAGUCGAGCUACGCCACCACCGUGGACCUGUGGAGCGUUGGCUGCAUCUUUGCCGAGAUGUUCAGACGCAGGCCUCUCUUCUGCGGAAGCUCGGAUUUUGAUCAGCUGACAAAGAUUUUCGAUCUACUGGGCCUGCCAAACCGGGACGACUGGCCGCAGGACGUGUCGCUGCCGUACACUUCCUUUGCCUACCGCCCCCCACAGGCACUCAAAAACUUUGUGCCAGAGAUGGGGCCAUUGGGGGAGGAGCUGCUGCUGAAAUUGCUGACCUUCAACCCGAGCAAGCGCAUCUCUGCGUUGAGCGCUCUGCAGCAGCCGUACUUCUCCGAUGCAGGCGAGGCCGAGGGCGAGGGCGCGCACCUCCCGGCCCCUCCGCUGCGCUGUGCCGAGCGGCAGGCGGAGAGUGCGCCGCCCUCCUGAACCUCGCAACCCUCCCGACCCCGCGGUAGGGGACGGGGAGUGUGAAGGGUGCGUGCAGGUGAGCAAGUUGGCUGGGGGGGAGGUUUUGGUGCGGGGUGGGGGGAGGGCAUGAGCUGCUCGCCUGCCAGCUGCGGUGAUCGUGUCAUGUGGAGCUGACAUUCCGUGCUGGCAGAGGCUGUGGGGACGUGAGCGCUGCUGUUUCAAAGGCAAAACUCAAGAGGAGAAGGACCACCCCUCUGGAUGAUUCGUCCUCUACAGGGAGCCAUCAUCACCUUGGCUGGCGAGGACUGUACACGCGCAGCCAUGGAAGAGCAGCGACCUCUGCUGGGAGUUUGAUGGAAGCGUCGGUGAUGGCGAUAACUAUAAUUCGAACGACUUACAGUCACAGUUUGUGCAAAUUCAGAUCUCGGUGAGAUCUCUAACCACAGCGAAUGUGUAGCUAUGUAUUUUUCUAAAUAUAGCACAUUGAACCCACACCUUUUUUUUAGUGAUAAAAAAAAAUUCCAUCAAUAUAGGGCCAACUUUCAGUGACAAAUUGCAUUCCUUUUUGGGAUGACUGCUCACUCUUUUGACAAAGAUAUAGGCUUAGAGGCUCGCUUUUGGUUCUGAAAGCACAGGCAAAAAGGCGCGGUUGUGUUUAAAUUAUUACCUUGUAUCAAGUAAUUUAUUUUUACAAUUGCGUCGCCUUUAAACCACGAAAGAGGGAGAAUUGUGAGAACAAAAAAAUAUUCCAAAUGUGUAAGUCGUUAGGGAGUGGCUGUGUGUGACUGCAGUGUAAUUCAACACAGUGUUUCAGACGAUGUAAUGUAUGGAGAAGGUGUUGCGGAUGUAUCAGCUGUGACUAGCAGGGUUGCCCAGGAGCAACGCAGGCAAAUUCCUACACUCUGCCCUGCCACGUGUGCCCUGCUAAGGGCCUGAGCAGAAGUGUCCACUUUUCCCCCUUCUGUGUGUGAGUGUUGCGUGCCAAGGUGGCAGCUGGCAAACUCAUCAUAUUGGGACUUCUCGCAAUAAUGCACUCCUCUCUUGGAGGCCUCAGCUGCUGCUUUGUGUUUGCUGCAUCGUGAAGUGACCGUCCAACCUGGGCAUCUGCCUACCUUCAAGGUCAACAGAGAUAGUGGUUGGGGGGGUAGGGGGGUGCAUCAUAGUUUGUUUUUAGUUGGUGGGUUACUCGGCCAUUCAAAGCAAUGUUACAUUCAUGAAGAGCAGGUGAGGGGCAAGGCCAAUGCAUUUUUGAUUGGUCUGAAGACGGCAUGGUGGACAUAGUUUGCAUAGUUGACACACGUACCUGGCUAUUCAUAUACAUCUGCGUUGAACGCACAUAAAUAGUUUGACAAAAGUUGACCAGCAUAGAUCACGUGUGUAAAAAUAAGAGUGUUGUUACUUGAAUAAUAUUACGUUGUAGGGUCAUAGUGGAAUGUGUUUGGGAGGAAGAGAAGGUGAUGUUUGUAGGAGUUUUUAUAGAUUUUCCCAUUCAGGAUCAAUCCAAUUGAAGAGCAGGGUUAUUUUGCUCGCACUUGCCUGGCAAACGCUUCCCGAAUGUCACACACAGGCACAUUCAUAAAAUGUCGCUUUAUCAAUAAAUUACCCCUACAAGCUUUCACUUGCCACGUCAGCUGUCUGUCUGGGAAUGAAGCCAACUGUAAAAACUGACUUAUUCAGGAGUUGUAUUUUUGUAUACUGGAUAAGUGUUGUUGAGCAUUAAGCUAAAUUAUUUAUCAUUUUCCUGAUUUAUUAAACCCACCUUUUUUUUACUUUGUUGUGCCAAAAACUACAAUUUCAAUCCAAAUUUUACUCGUUAUUUUGAACAUACAAAUUUUCCAUGUCAUCACAGUUGCAUUGUAACCGAGUUCACACAAUACGAUCAAUCAAUGUUAACUUUAAAAAGAAGCGAGGAGUUUUGAGAGUGGAGGAGCUUGCAGUGUUACUCCUCCACCAGGAGUCGCCGCCAGUCAGGACAUCUCAAGCCACUCUGCCACCCGACCCCAUCUUGAUGUAGUCGGCAUAAAUUUCACGCUCUCACAUGGGUACAGACGUUUAUAUAAUUGACAGACUUUUUACAGUAAAUAUGCGAUUUAUAUGGCUUGCAAUUAGUUUGUUUUAUGGAUAUAAAAGUUCGCACUGAACUGAUGUUGUGGUAAAACACUUACUAACCAGCGUGGGUGCGUUUGUUUCCAGAAUAGGAGCUUGCAUGUGCAGCUUCAUCUGUGCUUUGCCUGGGAGUUAAUGAAUCUUGAUUAUCAAACCAAUUAUUCACUGUGAGUUGUGCUUCUAUUGCGUGGUUUAUCUUGAUUCAGCAGGCAAUACAUUUGCUAAAGUGCCUUGCUAAAUUUGUGGAGCAUUCGCAUCAGCUUAUCCAGUGCUGCACUUCCAGCUGAUAUCAGAGACCUGGGCUAAAGAUGUUACGCAUUUGUUCUCCCUGAAUACCAGCAGACGUGGAGGUGACAGCCUUCUGCGUUAUUGCAGUAUUGCCUAUUAUUGAGACUGGGCUGAUACUGGUGAGAAUGGCAAGACGAAAACAAAUUAAAACACGAAAUAGGUAGGUGUCUAAAUUGCCUUAAAUUUAUACUUGGUAUUACACACUGUUAAUCAUUACAGAAUAGUGACCUGGACCGCAUAAAGUGGUUACAAUGGUCGUGGCACCACACCAUUAUACCUUUUGCCCUUUGAGCUAGGUGCCAUUUAAAUUCCAAUUAACAUUGAUGGUCUCUGCUAAGUCAAUUAUGCAUUAAAUGAGGAUGUGGGGAGUCCCUCCUCAGGUUCACUUGAAACCUGUGAUGUGCAUCCAAACACCGUUUCUGUUCGUGGAGUUGUUGCUGCACUGGACCGCUGAUUUCUGGACCAGAGUGACUCUCGGAGGGGUUGACUUGAUUGUGCGCAAGUCAGAAAACAAGUGCCUGUUGGUCAUGGAGCACGGUCACAUGAGGCUGUCCAUGAAGCUGAUCGUAAUGUUAAUGUGUAGUCUGUUGAUCGUAAUGUCAAUGUGUAAUCUGUUGUGCUCUUGGGUACCAUGAAUAUUCGCAGCAGCAGCAGCUGCUUGUGCAUUGCAUUGUACGUGCACUGCUGUGCUAAUGCUCAACUCGAAGAAUUCAAUCUGACACCUGGUAAGGUUGUCUAUCGUGGUAUUGUAGAACCUGUACGUUACUAUGCAGUUCAGGUUUAUCAUUGCAUGCAAAACUAUAGAGGACAUUUUGUUAAUGUUACCGUUGGUUUUAUAACCGAUUAAUAAGUACAUGCGCUGUGUCAAUAUUACGACCUGCAAUUAAUGGGAUGUUUUUGUGUGCUAACAUACUAACUUCCAUUCUUGGAUCAUUGGAAAACCAUUUCUAAAACCUGCAUGUGCUUUCAGGCAGCUAUCUACAACAACAAGAUCAGUUUAAUUUGCACAAUUAAAUGUAGUAGUCUGUGUGUACGUUUCAGACUCUGGAAUUGUGAUGUUAUCUUUUUUUUUCGUCCCGGUUCUGCAAAAACCAAAUUCCUCAAUGUAGACGGUAAAACUAACGGCACAGCGCUCGCAAACGUACCUAAAGGGACCAAAGUAGCUGCUCCAGCCACUGCCGGCUUAUUUAUUUGAUCUAACAUGCACAUGAACACAGGGAAUGCUAUUCAAAACCUUAUACACUUCAGGGCAGACAGCAAACCAAUUCAAUACAUGGAAAAGCUUAUAUUAGAGGUGAGGUAUUUAUUGUGUACAUCAAAACAUAAAACGUAAAAAAAAAUCACUUAACGCUGCUAUUGAACUGUCAGGAACAACUUGUGUAAGCUCUAAAGGUGUUGGAGCUCUUGUACAGAAUGACACUGCAGUAAUUGUAAGCGGAUGGUCGGAUUCCGUGAUAAACGCUGCAGAGGCUCAACCGUAGCAGUCGCUGCUCUACUCACAGAAUUGCCGCCUCCAUAUAGAGGUGAAGGAGGGCCUUGGUGGUUUGGUCUGGGUUUGCUUUUGUGUUUGUGCAUACUCUGCUCAUUAGAUUAAACUUGAGCUGCAGGUUGUUUAAACGUGAGUAAACGCAGUAAAUGUACACUGCUCAGCUGUUCGUUAACUAUCCCAUUGUCUCGGAAGAAGAGUGUACAAUCAGGCUGUAUGUUUAUGCAACUUAUGUACAAGCAUAGUGUGAUAUUUUAAAAAAUCACCAGCUAACAAGAGUCGCAGGGUGAUGCUGGUAAUUGCAUGUCUUUGACAUGUUUGCCUUAUGUGUUCACGUUUGCUCCUUCACACGUUGUUUUUUGUUGUUUUCCGACCUGCACCACAGUGGAGACGCAUUAGUUUCUGGCCUGUAACCAGGCCUUUGGGAUGCAGCAUCAACAGCCAUACUUGAACCCUUAGAACCAGAGUGGCCUCGUCAUGGGACCCGACUCGUAUGUUGCCUCACUGCCGCAAAAAGGGUUUAAGAUAACGGUCUUAACUGUCAUUACCAAAAAUCUAAAUAUUUUUUGUUUAAAAACUUGUGUCAUCAUCAACAUUUUGAUGGGAAUUGUUAUUGCUUGCUCACGUGUGUUUAAAGAAAAACAACAAAACAAGUGCUCAUUUUAAAAUCAUAAAUUUGUUGUAACAAUGUUGGAGAAGUAGAAAUGGUGCCUUUUUGGGGUAUUUAAGUGAUUUUUUCUCGUGGUAACUGCGUGUCUAAAGAAUUUCAUAAACCAGAGAUCACUGCCUUGUUAUUUCUCAUGGCCUUCCAUUGGAAUGCGUGUUUACUCAAUGAAGAUUGGCUACCAAGCCAAGAUCACUGCCGUUCUCGUUGGCAUGCAAAGGGCAUGCUUUGUGCUUCUUCAAAAUAAUGUAAAUAAGUGACUUCUGCUGAAGAAUGAUUUGUCUCUGCUGCCAGAGUGGGUGCACAAAUGUCUCUACUGCCAAUGUUGGUACACAAAAUAAGUGCCUAGAAAAUAGUAUCUUCAAGUCGUUUUGUAUUGUUUUGCUUUCAGUCUCAUACUCGAAAAUGUAAAUGUUUCGUUUCUGCAUUGCCGCUGUGUGGUGCUAGUUGACCGUUGUAAUGCAAAGUAAAAAUGGGAAAAUCACAGUAAUUCUUUGGUGCAAUUAAUUUACUGUGUUUGGAGUCUUAGUUUAAUGAUGUUCAGUAAAAUAUUUUUAUACAGUGCUGCCAUAGCAAAAUGAACAUAAUACUGGAUGUAAACACAGAUAGUGUUGGGCAUGUAAUGCAUUUCAAAGUUGUAGCUGCAAACAAUAAUAUUGAUAUGGAACUCACAUUGCUGACAUCACUCGUGCUCACUGAUGUGUUAUUUUAGAAUUUGCUCUUGGGAGUAAUUUAUCACCUGCCAAUUGUAUUCCGCAUUAAAAAGCACGGUUGACAUGGGUCAUUUUGCGCAUAUUCGUGUAGGAAAAUCGGAAAGCGACGGCCCAUGCCUUUUAUCCAUUACUGCAUCUCUUGAGUGCAGUCUUCCAAUGCAUUAGUGUAGGUUUGCCAGUUGCAACAUCUGUGGCAAAUAACUAAAAAAAUUGGUCAGAAGUGGGAGUGAGGAUGGUUUUCGUGUGUCACGUGCCCUUUUGAUACUGGACAACUCACUGCCUACGAGGACCGUGUUUAAUUACAUUUCUAGAGGUCCUCCACCUCGCAGGUAUCACGUUUACCAUGUCUCCAGUUUAAGGAGAUUAAAUUGAAACAUUGCAUAUAAGCUCUUUUUGAUUAAUGGUAAAAAUGAAUCUGCAGGGGAGUGGAGUUUAAAAUAAACUGAAUUGUCAGUAAUGCUAAAGGAUUUCAUGGAGAAAUAGUGAUUUAUCAAAAUUGUUUUUGCAAAUGAUAAACACAAGCAUCAUUAGCAAUGUAUUAUACUCUCGUACGGUAGUUGCAGUAACUUAAACUCUGUGGAAUAGGUCACAGAUUCGCUCUGGGAAUUGAUGUUGGCACAAAGGCCUGAGUGGAUCACACAUAUCGAAUGAAAGUUACUUACAAUUUCUUUUGUAAUGCUGUGCCAUACCACGACGUUAAAAACUUCCCAAGAGCUUGUUGCUGCUUGAGUAUUUUUAUGUUUGAUGUGUUGUGUAUCAUCUGAGAAUUGCCAGUGAGACGCAGUAAAUCAUUUAAAAACCUACGAUUCACCUUUAAUGACAAUUUAUUCCUGCAAGAUUGUCACAGAGCAUUUAAUCUGUAUUCAUGAUCUGUUGAAGAAAAAUUCACAACGUCGAAAGAAAAUAUCUCUUUGCAUUUAAUGUUUUUGCUAAAUGUUUGAAACGUUGAGCAUGUGGUCUCACACACCUUUUCAGAUAUCUCCCUGCAUGCGUGCGUGCCCGGGGCAUCAUUUCCCCUGCUUUCAAAUUUGGGCUUUAUUGGAUGUAUUAUUUAAUGAAGUAUACUUUUCGUUGUGUUUUGUCUGCAAAAUGCUUCCCAUCAUUCCACAAAAAGGGCUGGGCUGUGUGGUGCCAUCGGCCCACCUCCCACCCCGGCAGUAAGGUGCCGGACUGCACACCUUCUAACACUAUGGUCCAAUCAAAACACUGUACACCACUUGAAUACAAUAAAGUUAAACUCUGCAUA